AUGCUCUUGCACGCACUCACCAUGUCCUGUGCCAAUGAGUUCAUAAAUUUGGAACGGUUGGAGACAAUUGGUGACAGUUUUCUCAAAUUCGUCAGCACUGUCUACCCCUUCCUCGCCUAUCCCAACGCACACGAGGGCCUGUUGAGCCAUAUUCGUAGCCGCAUCGUUUGCAACUCCAACCUUUUUACACUGGGCCGUCUAAAGAACCUGCCAGAUCGUAUGGUCGGUGCCAAGUUCGAACCGCACGAGAACUGGGUCCCUCCAGGAUAUAUUGUCCCUUAUGAUUGCCGCCUGCGCAACCCCCGAAAGCCCAAGGCUGCUCCGGCAAAGGCCAUCGAGCUUCAGUCGGACUCUGAAUCCGAAGACAAGCCAAUCUUGAUUAGCACUUUUGAUCCGAAUAGCCCCGACGUUCUGCAAACAUUGAAUUCCGGCCCAAUGCAGUGUUUUGUGACAAUCCAGCAGUCCAUUCCGGAUAAAUCUAUUGCUGACUGUGUUGAGGCUCUGAUUGGCUGUUAUCUAACCGAGCGGGGUGAGCGGUCUGCUCUUAAGUUGAUGCGCUGGUUUGGAAUUGACUGCCUCCCCGAUAAAGUGCACAGCCUGGGGGCUUAUACCUCGGCUGAUUGUGAACUGCCGCCACAGACCACGGAUGUAGAGUGUUAUCAAAGACUCGAGUUUCUGGGUGACGCCGUCCUCGACUACUUGAUAACCCGUUUCCUCUUUGAGGAUUCCCACAACCACUCUCCGGGCGUAUUAACCGAUCUUCGGUCUGCUCUGGUUAACAAUAAUAUCUUCGCCGCAUUGGCUGUAAGGAUCGGGCUCCAUCGCUUCCUGCGUGCGUCUUCGCCAAGUCUCUUCCAUACAAUCGAUGCUUUCGUACGUUUUCAGAAAGAAGUCGCAAAUGACGACCUCGAUUUUAUUACCAGCCAGGACGCCGGUGCUGAUGCUGCCGUAAAUGCCGAAGUUGGCAGCGGACCUUUCGUGCCUGGAGCCCGACCACUUGAUGAGGUGGAGAUUCCGAAGGCGCUCGGUGACAUCUUCGAAUCUCUUGCCGGUGCAGUAUUUAUUGACUCAGAUCUCUGUUUGAACACCGUUUGGCGUGUCUUCUAUCCUCUCAUUAAGGAACGUGUCGGUAUGUUUGCUUAUAUAUUUCACUACUCACCCUCAUAG